UCCCAACCUAUAUUAGCAUUAUUUGACAACUGUCAAAAUGUAGUAAGAAUACAAGAUGCAAUACUCAAGGUGCAAUAAAUAAUAAUUUAAUGUAAUUACGAUAGAAAUAAUAGAUUUAAGUUAAAAUUUAAUCAACAAAAAAAAAUGGCUGGAAAUAACUCUGCUGUAUUAGAUGUUGUAACAGAAAAUAAAGAAAUAUCAGCACUGCUUAAACAAACUAAAGAUAAUGAUGUAUCUACUGUAUCCUUAAGUAAUGCCUCAACCCUGGAAAAUAGCUCUUUGGUACAAUCACCUAGUAUUGAGAGCUUUUCAACCAUACAAGAUAUAGAAAAUCUCUCAGAACUUAACAUGGAAGAGAAUUCAGAUUUAUUUGUUAAAAUUGAUAACCCACAAAAACAUUUGGACACAUUAGAAACAUACAUUACGUUCAGAAUUACCACAAAGGUUGCUCGAAUUGAAUUUUCCGCCAACGAAUAUGUUGUUAGAAGAAGAUACAAUGAUUUUUUGUGGUUGAGACAAAAACUUAACGAAUGCCAUCCAUUUUGUAUCAUUCCGCCACUGCCUGCAAAACAUUCCUUAGUUGGACAAUUAGAUCGAUACUCAAAAGAUUUUAUUAUGAUGCGAAUGAAAGCUUUAAAUGUGUUCAUAUCUCGGAUUGUUAAACAUCCUAUACUUAGUUGUAACGAGCAGUUUAAGUUAUUUUUAACAGCAAAUCAAAUGGAUUUUAGUUUACAUCGUAGACAAAAAUCAAUAUCGGAUAAACUAAAACCAGCAAGUGGCAAUGCAACUUAUCAAACUUUAAAGUACCGUAAUCACGAAUUUGAUAAAAUGAAAACUUACCUGAAUAAUUUAACAGAAAAAUUAACAACAGUUGAACGAAUCGCAAAUCGUAUUAAUAAAGAAGAACAAGAUCUUGUGCUUGAAAUGCAGUUUUUUUAUCCGAUUUUUACAACUUGGGCAGCAACCGAACCUGAACUUAAUGUUUUAUUACAAAGCACAGCUUCUGCUCUGGAAAAAAGCACUAAUGCCCAAAAUGUUUUAAUUUCUGCUUAUCCUAGUAUUGUGGGAAAUCCAAUCAAGGAUUUUCUUACCUACAUCGAUGUUGUUCAAGAAACUUUACAGAAGCGGGAAAGUUUUCAAUCUGUUUAUGAAGCAGCUAUUGAAGAGUUAUCUCGAAAAAAAACUGAAAAAGAUAAACUAUUAGCAACAACUGAAAAUCAUUCAUCCGGAUUUUCAUUAUGGAAACAACCAAGUGUAGAUGACAAAUUAGAAAAAUUGGGUACAAUAAUACCACAGCUAGUGAAAAAAGUUGAAAUGCACCAAGACAAUCUUGAAUGCGCCAACGAACAGUUGCGCAGUGAUUUGGAACAGUGGCAAUGGGAGAAGCAACAGUAUAUCAAAAAAAUGAUGUUGGAUUUUGUAAACAAACAGAUCGAAUAUUACGAGAAGAACGUCCACGCUUGGGAGGGUGUUGCGGCGAAAUUAACCGCCAAUCAACAACAAUCCUCCAAGUGAUACUCUUACGUGUGAUCUUUCUAUGUAUACAGGGUGUUUAUUUAUUUAAUUUCAUUUUUUUUAGUCACAUUCUGAAUUUAUGAUUAUUUUGAAGCAUCACAUGAUUGUAGUUAUUUUCUAUAUUUUGCAUUAAAAAUAAAGAUCCUGUAUUUAAAUGUUGUAAGCAUUCCAUUUCAAUGUUUCAUGUUAAUUAAAAAGAAGUUAUUUAUACAUAUAUACAAAAAAAUAAUAACGAUAAGGCUAAAAUGAGUACAU